AUGAGCUCUCAGGAUGAGCAGUUCCAAGCAGCAGCCCCUGACCCAGCGGCUUCCUCCGCCGAUGAUGGCAUGACCUGGUGGUACAGGUGGCUCUGCAGGAUUGCCGGGGUCAUCGGGGGCAUGUCCUGUGCCUUCGCUGGUCUCUGGAACUGUGUCACCAUCAACCCCCUGAACAUUGCGGCCGGCGUGUGGAUGAUGCUCAACGCCUUCGUCCUGUUCCUGUGCGAAGCCCCCUUCUGCUGCCAGUUUAUCGAGUUUGCGAACGCCGUCUCUGCGAGGGCGGACAAGCUGCGGCCCUGGCAGAAAGCCGCUUUCUACUGCGGGAUGGCUGUGUUCCCCGUCAUGCUCAGCCUGACGUUGACCACGCUCUUUGGAAAUGCCAUUGCGUUUGCCACCGGGGUGCUUUAUGGCCUGUCAGCGCUCGGUAAAAAGGGAGAUGCCAUUUCCUAUGCUCGGAUCCACCAGCAGCAGAAGCAAAUGGAUGAAGAGAAGCUCACGGGGGCCCUGGAGGGACAGGCUCUCUGAAGCAUGCGAGCUCGGGGUCACCUCUCCUGGACACUGAGAUGGUGAAGAUACGGAAAUCCACUCUGCCCUUCCCUCUGCCCGCUCCUCUCUCUAUUAUGCCGCGAUUUCCCUGGACACUGCAGCAACUGGAAAUCUCAGGGGCUGGGGCGGGCUGUGCCCUCUUCUCACACCAGCAGCCAGACCUCAGCGCAUUGGCCCCUCUCCUCCUCAACCAAAUAUCUCACAGUCCCCCUAUUUUUUAAUUUAUUUUUUUUUUGCUGCAGAGGUGCUGGCUCUCUGAGUGCUGCUUUACAAGCCUGACUAGGUAGCCUUUCUUUGGAGUGAUGCGUGAUAACGAGCCGAGGAUGCAGUGCUCAUUUGGGAACGGCUCUCCGGAUGGGGUGAGGAGGGACAGAGCUGACGUGCCAGCUCCUUGCCUGUGCUGGUCUCAUGGGAGUCACGGAGCUGCUGGCCUCAUGCCUGGGGAUAACCUGCCAUUGCACGUUACACGUUUUUAGUAACGCUCUCUGGUGUGGCCCUUCCUAGGUGUAAUACACUAAUCCAGGGUUUAGCAAUACAUGGUGAUGCUUAAGCUUGGUCUUCUUCCAUUGAGUAUAUUUUAAUAUGGGUCCAGCUAGGCUAGGCAUUGGAGGCGUCGCUGCACGGGAAAGGACUUCCAGCAAAAAACCCAUGUAAAGACAAUAACCAUCUCUGGAGAGGAGCUGCCAGAGGUGCUGGGGCAGAUCCUGGUACCUACAAAGCACAGUCCCCACUUCCUCUGGAUACAGCUGCAGGCAGUUACUGCAAUUUACUUGAAUUGUAAGAAUUAAUUACUUUGUCUUAAUAAGGGUACUUUUCUUAAGCUUCACUCUUUUGCUGGGGAAGAAGGGAAGUGAGGUUUGCUUUAUCUCAGCUGAAAAAGGGUACUAUUGCUUGAGCCAAGUGGGAUUUUUUGCUGGUGUAAGGGUUACUGAUGUGCAAGAGCAUCCUUCUCUCGUGAGCCUGGGACUCUGCUCUGUUAUCUCUCACUCCCUGCGUCUGCUCCUGCUCCCAUGACCCAUCUCUCCGUGCAAGGGACAUGCUCUCUGCUUCUAUCUGCUACAGCCUUUCUCUUUGGGCUCAUGUUCUUUUUGCAUCAGUCCUGGGCUGGUUUUGUAUGGGAAGGUGGCAUAUCCUUCCUUUGCAAACAUGGAGAAGUCUGCACCAUUUCUGUGUGGAUAGCUGGGAUGUCUUGCUUCUUUAUUCCGGGCUCCAUCCAUGGUUUUUGCAUCAUAUUUUCCGUUUGCUUUCUAUCAUGCAGAACAGAACUGCUCGCUAAGUCCAGAUCUCCCUCUUCUGAUGAUGGUUUCUUCUGGGGGUUUUAAUUUAUUUGAUUUUACAUGAUUGCUUUUUAUUUUGAUUAGGAAAAAGGGGAAUAAUUUAUUUCUAGUUAUUUAAGUAUGUUGAUGGGACUCAUUUUCUCUGGACAUAGGAGAAAGGAGUGCUCUGUUUCCUGUCCUUCAAAGGACUGCCUCAUUUCAUUGGGGGGGUCUCUCUGAACCCAGGGAGAGCCCUGGCUGCUGUAACUGGGAUGCUGUAACUGGGAUACCGUAAAAUCCUAUUUCAGCCUUCAGAGUGUUUCUCAUACUUCUGGAAAGUGUGUUGUCCUUUGAACCCUCUGUCUUCUUCUGGGCCACUGGCUUGACAAAGUUUGUUUUCCCCCUCUUCUGAGAGAGAGAAGGGGGGAAAACUGGGCUGUAACUGCCGGACUGGAGGUUUGUACUCACUCAGCAGCCCAGGCAGGUAGCAGCUAUGGUGAGCAGUGGCAGCGGGGACUGCAGCCUGUUCUUACUCCCCUGCCCUGGGAGCUGAGCUCCUGCUGCCACCAUCACUUUGUGGUCCCAUUUGAAUCACUGGGGUACCAGAGUGGUCAUGCUACGGUCUGAGAAACGCUGCUGGAGGCUGAGUGCUGUCUGUCAGAAGAAGGGUCUGUCAAGCCAGCUGCUCUGUGGCUUCUGAGCAGUGUCAUGUUGGAAAAUAUCUAUAUAACGUGUCCUUCCUUUAGAUACGGUGCAUAUUCGCAUUAGCUGGACAACAGCAGCACAUCCCUGGCAGAGCCUGGGAUGGAGCCGCUGCUGGAGGGGGUGGCUGGGUACGGAUGUAGCAUGUGCAUGGCAGCGGGAGCAGAGCGGUCCCUGGAGAUCGGGGAGCUAAGCUGCCAGCUAAUAUUAGCUGUUGUUUCUUCCUUGGAGUUCAGGGAGGUGUGAGGAUUUGCACCAGUCAGGAACGCGGCUUGGGUUUAUUUACACACACGGGCCCUUGCAGCUGGAUGCUGGGUGGCCACUUUGUGCUAAGCCCCUUUCCCCCCAGGCCUCUGAACCGUGAUUGCUCUGACACCAGCUUGUCUGGGACACAGAAUAGGCACCGCCAGCCCAGAUGCAGCUUGUUUCACUAAAGGCUGUGCCAUUUCAGAGCCCCCAGCUCUGGGCUGAUCCCUGUUGCUGCAUGCCAUACAUGAGCCAUUGGCCUUCCUUGUGCAUGUGUGCAGGGACCACAGCCUCCUGCGUGGGUCACGCUGCCUGCAGUAACGGGGUGCUGCAGGAGGAACACACUGCAGCCUGCGGGAUACUUCAGCGGUAAUAGCCUCUCUGCUCUUCGAGCCAGUGGUGUCCCUGUGCAGUACCUUUACUGGGUGGUUCAAGUGCAGAGUCCUGCCUAGCAAACAGGAUAUCUGCUUUGAUUUCAGGGGGGUUUGGGGAGUUAAGUAGUGUUUAGUGAGGAAUGUUGCGGACUGAUGCACGUAGCUACGAGCAUGUCUUUGGUAGUGACUGCUUUGCUCUGUGAGUAGUUCCACAGUAGCUUUAGUGACAGGAGGCGAAAGGCAAAGCAGAGGCGAUAGAGUAACGCUUGCAGACUGAUCUACGCCUGUGCUGAUGAACCACAGAACUGGUAGGACCCUUGCUGGCUUCAUCUGAUUGUCCUAUUGCCAUAGACCAGCAGCAGUCCCUGGGGCUGUUGCAGGCAGUUGCUGCUCCAGGUCACCUGGAGGGCUCGUCGGCACGGACGGGUCCGCUCUGCUCCCUUGGCACCACCAGCAGAAGUCCCUUGGACGCCAGCAGUACUGUCAUGCUGUGUUUUGUGGCCGUUGGGUCUGACACUGGGGCCAAGGCAAGCGGACAAUCUGCAUCAGCUCUGCCACCGUUAGGAGGUUGCAAAGCUCAGCUCUGAGCUCAAUGCUUUUGUUGAAAAUGGGCCUCAGGGACUCUUCUGUAAGAGCUGAGCUGGAGCCUUUGGCCACAAUGCUUAAAGACACCGGGUCUGUUCAGUGUCUCUGUGCCUUCCGCAACAGGAGGUGUCUCAGAUCCGUGCUCCAAGAGUGCUGACUCCUACAGAUGCAUGUCUGGAGUGGGAGCUCUUGGGAAUUUCGGCUGUCUGUGAUGCAGCUGAAACGAAGCCAGAUGCUGCCAUCAUUGCAGACGUGGCUUGGUGACAGCACCCAUGGCUUUUAAGAGUUGUAGUGACAGUUAGUGGAUGGUCUCACCUCCGCGUUGGCAAGAGACUGUUUUUGUGGAGAUAGAAAGGACCUUUAGAGUAGUAGCAUCACAGUAGUUAAUAUGCCCAUUCACAGUGCAUGGUGGUUAUUGUGUUUAGAGGCACCAUCAGGGUGCUUGGAGCUGUGUAAGGAUAAAUGAAGUUAAAAGCCCUGCUCUAGAGAUUUUACAGGCUCAACCCAAUCCCUGCUGAUGGCAUCCAGGCUGGAUGGCUAAUCCACGGGGUCUCGAUGGAAGAGGUUCUGCUUGCCAGGUCUUGAAAGGCCUCUUGGGAGACGAUGGGACAGAAGUUUUCUUACGUGAGAACUCCAGAGCGGGUGAUGCAUUGACUACAGUGAAUUGUUGACACCAAGUGUGGAAAGACACCUGGGUACUGGCAGCACACAUGCACUUAGCAAUGGACUGUUACAUUCACCGUGUGAGCUGCGCACUUCUUAUCCACCUGCAUUUAUACAGCGUGCAACUCUUCCAUGUCCCAUCCAGUCACAAAGUUGACAGCACUUGUGCGUAUUAGCUCCACUGUCCCGUGGGGCUGUCCAUUGAGCGUGAAGAGAAGAGCAGAAGCUCACUUUCUGCUGCGUACCCAGACCUCGCUGCUCUGGGCAGGAGCUGAUUUUGUAACACCAAUUGAUUCUCUGUGUGUGCGGUGAAUAAAAAGACCAUUCUACCUCUGGAAAGAGCCACUGUGAUUUCUCAGACUCUAAAUGUUGUAGCAAAAACCCUCAGACUUUCUAUAUUGAAGAAAGGAGGUCACUCAGAAAAUACUUCUCCAAUGAGGUUCUCACAGGACCUGAAGAGUCCAACCUCAUUUCAUAUUCGGGCAUUUCCUCCUUAGGCUGAGCCCUGGGAAGCUCAAUUCAUCUUUGUCAUUUUUUUCCUGAGGAAAAAACAUCCACUGUCUUCAGGGAAGGGUUUCACUGAAGUGAAGAUAUCAAGACCUGGUCCAUAGCCAUGUGAGAAAGAGAACGCUCUAGCACAGGGCUGCCAGAGAUCCUGAUCUUCAGAAGGUCAGUGGAAACCAGAGGCUCUUGAGACCUCUCGUAAUCAGGCCAUACUUAGAAACAGUCAUAUUCCAGCCAGGGCUGAACAUCUUUCUGGAAAUGGGUCUCAGCUGCAAAGGUUAGGUCUAAUACUGAAUUUUCUCUGUGGCUUUGAUUUUGGCCCAUCUCUCUUCCUCUGUCCCAGGCUGCUUUAAAUUAAUCCUCUGAUAAAGCACAUCUUCUCUUAGGUGAUUUCUCUCAUCUCCUGCUGCAGGGGAUCUAAAUAGUAGCUAGCAUACCUCGAGAUCUGCGUCAAAUAUGCUAUGUUACCCCAUGCUUCCUUGUCACAGCAGGCUGAACGUUCCAGGAAUGGGAGGACACAAGCAUCUCCACCAGCCCUCGGGGUGCCAAGUGCAUUUCAGGAGGUUGGACAAAUGCUUGGGCAAAUCAUCUCCCAGCUCAGCCUUUGUUGUUCUGCCCUUUUGGGAGGAGUUAGGUUCGAUGUGAUACUCAGCAAGGCCAUUCGUUCCUCACAGCCAUAACCACGUCCUGCAGCUGUGUUUUACCUAGGGUUAGGCUCUAAAAAAAUAAAAAAAGCCCUUAAUCUUGCAGGACACACAGGAAAGGGGUAAGAGCGAUUUGCUACUAACUAUGCAGUUGAAAUCUCAAAGUGAUGGAGGUGGAGGCUCUACACACAACUGUGAUGGAGGUGCAUCCACCUUCCUUUUUGUGGAUGAGUAAAACCCUGCGGUGGGAAGGACCCACCCCAGUACAAAGUAUUGUCAGUACCCGCUGUGUCUUUCCUACAGUGAAUCACUUGCACUACAGCUGAAUGUUUGUCUGUUCCUGUUCUUUGUUUUGUCCUGGAUUUUCUUUGUGAACUGUAUUUGGUCUUGUUCAUUAGGCUUCUAGUGUAAUGUGUGUUUUUAGAGCAAUAAAACGUGGCAGCUUUUUCU